AUGUCCGACCCGUUUACAAAAACGGACCUAUACAUCCACGAGAUUUACAGCCCCGGUCGCGUCCGCAUCCGCGUCCGCGUAGGCUUUCUUUUCCUCUUCAUCUUGCCGUCGAAAGGCUCUCGCUCUUUGCAGGGAAAGGAAGGGUUUUGGCCUUUGGGAGCAAAAACGAAGGUGGGACAGAGUGACGGAGCGGCCUUGAUCAUUACUUUGAAAAGUCAAGAUCAAUCAUGGCAAACAUGUUCUCUGAAACCUUGGGCAUUUGAUUAUUUUUCAGUCUAUACUGUAAAUUCCAAGAUGCCUGGAACCCCAGCAAUCAGCCAGACUGCACUUACAACAGAACCAGAUUCAAAUCCAAAGCCAAAGAAGAACAUCUGCUGCGCUUGCCCUGAAACUAGGAAGCUGAGAGAUGAAUGCAUCAUCGAGCACGGCGAAUCAGCCUGCACAAAGUGGAUCGAAGCACACAAACAAUGCCUUCGAGCUGAAGGUUUCAAUGUUCUAUGAUUGAUUCAAUGAUCAUAUGAAGAGCAGCAGAGCUAAUUUUUUCCCCUCCAAUUACAUAUCUGAUUUUAAAAAUGCUAACAGUUUACUAUUAAUCCUUAAGCUUCAUGAAUAAGGCUGCCAAAAUACUCUCUGCGGCUUCAUCCUAACAGUUAUUAUUCUUCAUUUGAGGAUCAGUCAAUCAUUUUAUACAUAAUUCUGAACAUUGCCUUGUUCUUUGAUAGUUUCUA